AUGCUGAAGAAGGAAUGUUGGAAUCUGCUGGGACCCUCCAUUGACUAUCGCUCAGGCAUGUCAUCAAAUAUUUUCACUCCGGUCAAUCAGGUGCGGUUGACAAAUGUGUCCGUGGUACGGUUGAAGAAGGGUGGGAAACGGUUUGAAGUUGCCUGUUACAAAAACAAAGUUCUCGAAUGGCGGAACAAUGUGGAAACCGACCUCGAUAAUGUCCUGCAAACCCGCACAGUUUUUGUGAACGUCUCAAAAGGGCAACUUGCCAAUAAAGAAGACCUCAACAAAGCCUUCAAAACAACCGACACGGACAAGAUCAUUUUGGAGAUUUUGCGAAAGGGUGAAUUGCAAGUUGGAGAAAAAGAACGAACACAGCAGCUAGGGAACCUUUCGAGAGAUAUUGCUACCACGGUUGCGGAAAAGUGUAUCAAUCCCGAUACCAAACGCCCGUAUACCGUGACUAUGAUUGAAAAGGCCAUGGCGGACCUUCAUUUUUCGGUCAACCCGAAUCGGAACGCGAAGCAGCAAGCCCUUGAAGUGAUCAAGCAGUUACAAGAAAAACAAACCAUUCCAAUAGCUAGAGCACAGAUGCGCCUUCGUGUUGCCAUACCUGGGAAGGAAGGAAAGAGAGUAAAGGAGAAGAUCUCGUCACUAAUAGAGAGCACAGAAGACGAAGAUUGGGGCGAUGAAUAUGAGCUGAUAUGCCUGAUCAAUCCUGGACAAUUCAGGGCAUUGACAGAUGUUGUGCAGAAGGAAACAAAGGGUAGAGGACAAAUUGAGGUGUUGAGCAUUCGAGAUACGGACGACAGGGAUGAAGCUUUUGCAUAA